CCGAAAAUGCACUCCUUUCCCGCAUCAAAUUUCGUCGUUCUCUUGAUUGGGCUGUGGACGACAUGUAAGCAGCUUCGAAGACAAGCAAACAAUUCAUCUCCCCCCCCGCGUUGCUGUGGCGCCUUGUCGUGUCAUUUGCACUGCAGGCAACGCCACAGACUCAGAGUGGGACUUCCAUUUCAGUACGGAACGCUUUGAAAGGAGGCGAGCCUCACAACAUGCGACGCCUUCAUGUGUGUCUGUGUGCAGAAGAGUUCCCAAAUACUACCUGUGAAAAUGAUGGAGGGACCGGCAACCCGCCAGGGGGCAGAUAUUUCGAGUGGGCCGUAGACACAGAGGAUGCUCUCUCGUCGGACACACAGCUAAGAUGUGUGCAGGUAUACAGACGGUAUCCCACUUCAUGGCGUCACGUUGGAUCCGACCAUUCCUGAGGUAGACACAGAAGACAGGAAGCAAGAAUGCGCUGCGCUGCGCCUGGCACACCCCUGUUGCUCAGGCUUUGAGCUGCGUGUGAGGCCCUUGUACCUAUGCAAGCAGGGACGCACACGCAUACAUCUCUUCGUGUGGGUGCAGACGGACAGCGCGAGGAUCUGCGAAAUACAUCACAGCGUCGCUACUCCCGCAUCGACCCCCUCGCCCAACGCAACGUGCGUCCAGAAGAAAGAGAACGGCACUGCAUCGACUGCAUGUAUGUCGCACACACAUACAUGUCACGGCAGACAAUUACAAAUCAUACGCGUCACGAAAGAUGAUAAUCAUUACAGAUGUGUUUGUGCAGUAAACAGGAUCACGGGUUCGUGUCGCCAUGGUGACGAGGUGCCGCUGUUCGCCCUCGCAGAUGUGAGCUCCUGGGACAUCGGUGAUGCUGACUGGAAAAGGCGAAUGUGGUGCUCAGAAGAGUGCUUUCAAGACAGGUACAUCCGUUGAAGCUGACACAUCACCAAUAAUUGAGAGACAUGUCCAUGCAGGCGUUGUACUGGCAUGGAGCACACAAGAAAAGAUCACGCUCCCGAGUGUCGCCUGUAUUAUUCACUAAUUGGCUCGGCUGAUGGAGAUUCCACCCGUUUCUGCUACUACAAAGCGCACCUGCCUGUGGCAUCCAUCGUGAAUCCUCUUCCCAUCUACAACGACACGCCGAUCUGACAAUCGAUUUCGGCGAGCCCGUGUCAGCUGGCUUUGCGACGGCCGAUCAGCAGUCUAACGUGACCAACGGCACUUUGACUGACAUGAGGUAUAUACAAACCUAUCGUCACAUGAGUGUGGCCAGUGUUCAUGUGUGCAGGCCGGUGGCUGGCAAUGACACGCUCUAUGAAGCCGAGAUUGUGCCUGACCCGCCAAAUGGCGACGAGAACGUGACCUAUAUGCAGCUGACCGUCAUGCAGGGCAUUGUGCAGGUACAUUGCACGUCUUAUGCGCACCUGCAGACAUGAAACACUGUCUCACACAUGUCACUAAUGCGCAGGACGCGUAUGGCAACCCAAAUUCUAACACCAACUUCACAUUUCAAUACGCCUACGGUACACGCAGCCCACGCCCUCUGCAUGGACACACGUAGUGCGUCCUGGCUUCGCAUUUGCCUGCCUACUAUGCUAUUGGGAUGUGUGCGCAUGCAGUCGCUCCAUCUCCCACACCUGUCGUCUCUUCCACGACGCCGACGCCUAUGGUACCUUAUGGUGCUGAGAGAAGAGCUCGGUACAUCUUUUAAAUGUCUGUCUGUCCCUGAAUUAUAGGUCACAACAUCUAUGCCUCCCGUUGUCUCCACUGUCACAUCUGAAUCCAGUCCUGCAAGGUGAACUUCAUGAAUGGGAAAUAGACGGCUGAAUAUAUUCCGAAAUCCCUCAUUUCUCAGCGCGACCCCCAUGCCGGAGGCAACUACACUACUUGCCACGACCAUAACACCCACCACGACUACCCCCAUGCCCGAGACAACUACCUUACUCGCCACGACCAUAAUACCCACCACGACUACCUCCAUGCUCACCACAACCGCCUUGCCCAUCGCAACCACGACCACUUCCACACCCACCACGACCAGCAUACUGAUGCCACAAGAUACAACUUCGACAUCGUCCGAGAUCCCACAGAGCACAACAAGUGGACCGACUUCUGCUCAGGCCUUCUCAACAACUGCUCUGCCAGAAACUACAAGUAUUUUGACAUCUUCGGAUAUCCCACAGGGCACAACAGCUCUAUGGACUUCUACCGAUGAUCCUUCGACUACAAGCACGCCGCCGGCAGCCACAAGU